AUGCUCGCUCUACCUGCCCGGUAUGGGCGAUGGGUACCGAUUCUGGCCCCAGUGACUCUCCUCCUGCUCUUCCUCCACCUAAACGCCAGCCUGAGCACGCAAAAAACACAAGUCAUCCUCGAGCAAGAGCUCCAUCCAUCCGCAAAUAAUGAAACCGACUCUAUAUCGGCAGAUACAAACACAAACCCCGAUACAGAUCCAGAAACGCCAACCUCGCAACCAUGCCGCCCACUUCCGGGCAUCGAAAAUGUCCUAGUGAUAAUGAAGACGGGCAUCACAGAAGCCCAGGACAAAAUCCCAAUCCAUCUUCGCACAACAUUACGCUGUAUCCCGCACAAACUCAUCGUAUCCGAUUUCGAAGAAGAUAUCGCCGGCAUCCGCACUCACGACGUCUUCCAUAACGCCAGCGAAGUGCUACUAGCGAAUAGCGACUUUGCUUUAUACAAUCGAGCCCGCGCAGGCGGCCGUGCCGCUCUCACCCAGUCAGACUUGACCAAAGUUGCCAACAGUGCAGCCGGAAUGUCGGACAACCCCGGCUGGAAGCUGGAUAAAUGGAAAUUCCUCCCCAUGAUCCAAGAAGCUCGGGCCUAUCAUCCCGAUAUGCAGUGGUACGUCUUUCUCGAGGCUGAUACGUACGCAAUCUGGCCGAAUUUGCUCGCCUGGCUGGACCAGUUUGAUUCGACCGAGAAGUUGUACCUGGGCAAUCAGAUGCAGAUUGGGGAGGUGAUUUUCGCUCAUGGCGGGUCGGGUUUUGUAUUGUCGCAUGCUGCGCUGCAUGCGGUGGCGGAGUAUCAUGCUGGUCAGGUUGAUCGGUGGAAUUAUUUGACGGAGACUCAGUGGGCGGGGGAUUGUGUGUUGGGUAUGGCGCUGAGACAAAUCGGGGUGGAUUUGACUUGGUCCUGGCCACAUGUCACGGCCCAGUCGAUUUGGGAACAGGAUGCGCUGGGUGAGGCAUUCGGGAAGACACAAUGGUGUUAUCCCGCUUUGACGUUUCACCAUAUGACGCCUCCGGAUAUUGAUCAUUUUUACGAGUUUGAUCGGAGGUGGUUUGCCAAUGAGAAAAAUACUCUCCUAUUAUACAGCGAUAUAUUCCGCAACUUUGUCCGCCCCAUGCUCUCCGACCGAUUAGACAAUUGGAGCAACUUUGCCAAAGACGAAGUCAAACAUACCACCGAGGAACCCGCUUCGGAGAUGUCCGUCAACCAAUGUGCUGAACAAUGUGCCCGAACCACAGGCUGUCUCCAGUACCGCAUGGACGCAGACGGCAAAUGCUAUACAUCGGAUUGGGCUUUACGAGGUCUCCCGGACGCCGGGGGAUGGUCGGGAACAAUGAUGUGGCGCGUCGAUGCUUCUAUGCAAAAGAAAGGCCAGUGUGAGGAGCCGGUGUGGGUGUUGGAAUAG